GAGGGGAGGGUGACCGGAACGGGGAAAAACGGGAAAGAAACGGGAAAAAAAAAAAAGGGAAAGAGGAGGCGGCCCCUCCCCCGCAGCGUGCGCGCUGCGUCAACGCGCCGUGCGCGCUGCGUCAUCAUCCUGCGCCCGCGCGCCCGCGUUGCUGUGGCAACCGGAGAGACGCUACGCGCCGGGGAUGGCGGGAAGGGGGUGGGGCGCCCCCUGGCGGCCCGGAGGGAGAGGCGGGGGCGCCUUUGCUGGAGAAGGGCGGGGAAUAGGGCGGGGUUAUGGCCAGGCCCCGCCCAUAAUGUGUGGCUCCGCCCUCCUCACGUGCGGGAGUUCGGCUCCGCCCCCUCCGGGGUCCCGCGUGGCCCGGGAUCCUCCGGGGGUCCCGAAUUCACCAGGGGUCACACAUGUCCCGGGGGGUCCCACAAAUCCCCAGGGAUCCCAAAUUCACAGGGACCUCACAGCUCCCCGGGAUCCCAAAUUCCCCAGAGGUCCCACAUGUCCCCAGUGGCUCCCAUUUCCCCGGGGAUCCCACAUCCCCCAGGAUCCUCUGUCCCCGGGGAUCCCAAAUUCCCCAAGGGUCCCACAUCUCCCCAGCGAUCCCAAAUUCCCCAGGAAUCCCACAUUUCCCCAGGGAUCCCAAAUUCCCCAUGGAUUCUCCCUCCCCGGGAACCCCACAUCUCUGGACACCCCUCAUUCCCAGGGAUCCCUCAUCCCCUCCAUGGAUCCCCUAUCCCCAAGGGUCCCUCAUCCCCCAGGGAACCCCCACCCCCCUGGAAUUCCCUUCCUCUGAGUAUCCCCCACUGGUCGGGAUCUCCCAUCUCCAGAUAUCUCCAAAGACCCCUCGACCCCCCCAAAAUCCCCCUUCUCUGAGCAUCCCCGACCUCCAGAGAUCCCCCCAAACCCUGGGGGAUCCCCCGUCCAGGAUCCCUCCGGUGUUCCCGCUGGGGUUCCCGGGCAACCCCACCAGAGACCACCAGGUCUCUGCCCGUGCACCGGGCUGGGAUGGGACUGAGGUGACACCGAGGUGACACCGGGGUGGCACCGAUGUCCCCCCCGGGCAGCAGCAGCACCGUCGGCCCGGCUCCACCUUAACGGGAGCGGCCGCUCCGCUCUGCCCGCUCUGCCCGGGCGGCUCCGGCGGAGCUCGGGGGCGUUUAUCUCUGCCGGGAUCAGCCAAUAUUUGUGGCCACGUCAGGAGAACGAGCCCAUCCUCGCCCCGUCAGUCCAGUUCUACCCCCCUGCUCCUCUCCCUGCUCCCGCCGCUGCCGCUGCCUCUCCCGUUCCGCUGCCGGGAGUCCCCCGCUGUCACCUCGAUGUCGCUCACCGUGGCUCUCCUUCUCCUGAGCCUCGCACGGAUGGCCGCUGCCAAGGGCGAGCGGUGCCCGGCCUGCGGGGUGGCCGCGCUGGCCCCCGGGGCUCAGCGGGACGCGCUCCUGGCUCUGGCCAAGCGGAGCAUCCUGGCCAAGCUCCGGUUACCGGGCAGGCCCAGCGUGCCGCAGCCGCCGUCCCGGGGCUCGCUGCUCACCGCGCUCCGCACCAUGCUCCGGGACGGGGCCGCCACCCCCGGGAUGCUCCGGGACGGCACCGCCACCCCCGAUGCCCGGGAUGCCCCCGCCACCCCCGGGAUGCUCCGGGAUGCCGCCGCCACCGCCGGGAUGCCCCGGGAUGCCCCCGCCACCGCCGGGAUGCCCCGUGACGGCCGCGGGACGGGGCUGCAGGAGUACGAGCUGCUGAGUUUCGCUGAGUCAGGAUCCUCCACUUCCCACAGCGUCCUCCUGCAUUUCCGCUUCUCCCAGGAGGUGGCCAGGAGCAGUGACAUCCAGCAGGCCACCCUGUACCUGUUCUGGGCAUCCCCCGGCCGCGGGUCACAGCCUGUCACCGUCAGGCUCCUGCGGGCAGACCCAGCGGGACCGAACCUGACGGUGACCGGCGAGACGCGGCUGGAGGUGCAGAGACCCGGCUGGACCGCGCUGGACAUCGGAGCAGCCGUCCAGAGCCUCUUCACGCAGGACACCCCCCGGCUCACGGUGCAGCUGGAUGUGCCGGAGGGCUGGGGGUCCCCUCUGCCACCCCACCCCAGCCAUUCCCACUGGCCAUUCGUGGUGGCCCGAGCCCGGGCCAGGACCCCUCACCGCCUCCGCCGGCGCGGCGUCGAUUGCGGCGCGGACUCGCGGAUGUGCUGCCGCCAGGAAUUCUUUGUGGAUUUCAAGGAGAUCGGCUGGGAGGAUUGGAUCAUCCAGCCCGAGGGGUACCACAUGAAUUACUGCUCGGGGCUGUGCCCGCUGCACAUGGCCGGCAUCCCCGGCCUCGCCGCCUCCUUCCACACCGCCGUCCUCAACCGCAUCAAGGCGGCGAGCGCGGCGGCCGCCGUGGAUUCCUGCUGCGUUCCCACCCAGCGCCGGCCCCUCUCCCUGCUCUACUACGAUCGCGACAGCAACAUCGUCAAGACCGACAUCCCCGACAUGAUCGUGGACUCCUGCGGCUGCACCUGAGCGCGCCGGGGCGGGUGGGAGGGCGGGACGGGGCCGCCUCUCCCCGGCUGGGAGGGAGGAGCUCGGCCCGGGGGUUUCUCCUCCCGCGGGUGGUGCCGAGUGUGCGGAUCGGAUCCCCUCCUCUCUCGUUUCCCACUCGGCCCUUUCCCCCCUCGGAUCUGCCCGUGGGCUCCUCUCACAGCCCCUCAGACCGGCUCCUGAUGGAGUCCUGACGGAAUGAUGGACUGACUGACGGACUGAGGGACUGACGGACUGACUGAGGGACUGAGGGACUGACGGACUGAUGGACUGACAGACUGGUGGACUGACAAACUGAUGGACUGGUGGACUGACGGACUGACAGACUGGUGGACUGACAGACUGACGGAAUGACAGACUGACGGACUGAUGGACUGACGGACUGACGGAUGGACUGACUGACUGAUGGGCUGACGGACUGACAGUCUGACAGACUGAUGGACUGGUGGACUGACAGACUGAUGGACUGACGGACUGACUGAUGGACUGACAGACUGGUGGACUGACAGUCUGACGGACUGAUGGACUGGUGGACUGACAGACUAAUGGACUGACGGACUGAUGGACUGGUGGACUGACGGACUGAAAAACUGACGGACUGAUGGAUUGAUGGACUGAUGGACUGACGGACUGAAAAACUGACGGACUGACGGACUGAUGGACUAGUGGACUGACGGACUGAUGGACUGGUGGACUGAGAGACUGACGGACUGAUGGUCUGACAGACUGACGGACUGACGGACUGAUGGUCUGACAGACUGACGGACUGACGGACUGAUGGACUGAGAGACUGACAGACUGACGGGCUUCUCCUGCUGCAGAGCCCACAUCAGGACGGUCCCUCUGCCAUCCCAGCCCAAGGUCCUGGUGUGCCCUGGGUGCUGCUACACCAGCCCAGGACCCACCAGUGCCCACCCUGGGCUGCUGGGGCUGGCAGGGACAGAGGGCAGGGGUCACCCCCGUGGCCCCACCCAGGUGGGCACCAGGCUGAGCAGGGAGAGGAAAGGGAAAUCCAUCCCAGUGUCCCUCUCCGAGCACCCCAGCUGCUGGUGUUCAAUAAAGGCUGCCAGGGGUGUGUGCA